AUGUUUUGGUUAAUCCCUGUCAUCACCUCCGUAAUACUUGUCGUUUGGCUGUUUGGUGUAAGACUUCUCUCAGUAUUGGAUUCUUCCAACAAGAUUAUUUUCAAUGGAAGGAAGAGGAAGAACGUAAAUAACAGUGAUGAUUGCUCGGAUGCCAGAUUGGAAGAGAAUAAAUCCAUACCUUCAACAAGACAUUGUAUUGCUAUCACUAUUGAUGAUGUACCUUGGAAGUAUUCACUGCCCAAGAUACUCCGUAGACGUGAAAGGCAGCAACACACAAUGAUUUCAUCAACCACACAAAAUCAUGAUUUGUUCAUUUCCAGUAUUUCCGAAAUUUGUAAAAUCUUGAAACAACACAAUGCCUGUGCCACAUUGAUGAUGAUCGGGAACUAUUCCAUUCGGAAUUUGCAGAAAAACACUCAACUCGUUGAAAAAUUUGUAGAGUGGCUCGAUGAUGGUGUCAUUGAAUUGGCAAAUCAUGGCAUGACCAACUCAAAGCACGCAUCUCUCUCUAAAACUAAUCUGUUGAUGGAAAUUGCAAAUUGUGAGAAGGCUGUGAAUGAUAUUCUGCUUGCUCCACUCAACGAGCGAAGAAAGUUGAAGAGGCAAGCUCCGCUUACAAGUGUCAUGACGAAAUAUUAUCGACCUGGGCAUGGCUUUUUCACACAAGAAAUGGUUCAAGCAUGCCAAGAGUUGAACUACGAUAUUGUGUUGGGCAAUAUUUAUUCAUUUGAUCCGCAAGUGCCUUUGUGGUGGCUCAAUUUCAUCAACAUUGCACUUGUAGGUUAUGUGUAUGACUUGGUGAAAUUAUUGUCAUUUGGAUUUUUAUGUUCGAAUGACCAUCACCAAAUUGUCAUUCUGCAUGAUAGACCAUGGACAGCACAACUUCUCAACUACUUGCUGCCUUUUCUCCAAUGGAGAAGAUAUUCGGUCUUGAAACUGUCACACAUGAUGGGUGAGUAA